AUGAAUGAGAAAGCGAAAGCCCCCAUUGCAAGCAAAGCAUCAUUCAUGUUCUCUCUCCCUUGCCAGCCCAACCCUCGAUCCAUGGAAACUGUUGAAAAUAUGGCUGAGUACCAAAAUUACUGGGAGAUGACUAAAAUGUUCUGGAAUGAUGAGCUUAUUAACAGUUGGGCGACGAAUCAGGCAUCUACUAAAUCCUAUGAUUCAAGCUCGCCGGACGGAGCUGCUUCAAUAAGAGCCACUAAAAAUAUAGAUUCAGAGAGAAAGAGGAGGAAGAAGCUUAAUGACAAGCUCUUAGCACUUAGAGAAGCAGUCCCCAAAAUCAGCAAGUUGGAUAAGGCUUCCAUAGUCAAAGAUGCUAUUGAGUACAUACAAGAUUUGCAAGAACAAGAAAGGAGACUUCAAGCUGAGAUAAUGGAACUUGAAUCUGAGAAAUUGAAGAAAGAUCCUGGAUAUGAAUUCGAGCAAGAGCUACCCUUUAAGGUUACUUCCAUGGGAGAGAAGAUUCUGCUUGUGAGCUUGACAUGUAGUGAAGCAAGAGACGCAAUGAUUAAGAUUUGCGAGGUUUUUGAAUCCUUGAAACUGAAAAUCAUUACCGCAAAUGCCACAGUUGUCUCGGGGAUGAUCAUGAAGACAGUCUUGAUAGAGGCGGACGUGGAAGAGAGAGAUAAUCUGAAGAUGAAAAUUGAAAGAGCUAUUUCUGCUCUAAGUGGUCCGUAUAAUCAUACGAGCAUGUAA